CAGUUUAAAUUCGUUUUUUAAAUCAGAAAAGCGAGUUUCUGGUGGAAAAAUUGUAGUCGUCGUCAGUCGAGCGAGAUUCUUAUACGCGGUUCUGCACUGCAUUUCCAGCUUCGGGACAAGUGAAAAAGUGAUUUUAAGCUGAAUUUGGGGAUUCCAACGGGAAAAAAUAUUCGACGCAACAAUCGAAGAUCCAGUCCGAUCGGAACUCGUUCGAGAAUUGAGUGCGCGGAGUGUGCAAAAAGUUUUAUGUGCAAAAGAAAGUUUGCUGGACGAAGCGAAAAUUUUCUGGUUCUGCUGCGUGUCGAAGAAAGAAAAAAACGAGAUGUCCUUUGAUUUGUGAUAAAAUAGUAAUGGUGGUCAACAGAAGUGAGUGAAUCGAACCAGUUUUGCUUCCAAGGCGAAAAUCAGGUUUUCGCGUUGAGCAAAAAAUCAAAAAGCGUUGCAAAAUGCGUUUCAGAUUAAAUUCUGGCUAAGCUACCACUAGUGAGAGAAAAAAAAGUGCAAAGUGUGUCUGGUUCCGUACUGGUUUCCGCCAGGGAAAAGCAGUUUUUCGUGGCACUCUACGCGAGAGUCUCAACCAGUUAACCACCUUGGCAGCAGCUUUUUGCCACUUAUUGGACAACAGUAAACCGUCGUCAACGGAUUGGAGGGCAGAGCGCUAGUAUUAGGAACCACAUCUUGGUCUUCGAUAAAAUUUGAGUUUGCUUGUCCCGUUCCGGAUAGGACUGGACACGUCCCAUAGGAUCUCGGUUAGAAGGAGGCUAUCUCGCAGAUCAUUUCGAUACAGUAGAUCGAAUCACUCGAAAGCAUUUCCGUCACACAUUACACCAUCACAAACCAGUUACUGUCGUUGUUAUCAUCUGAUUUAUCUGUGAUAUUAUUACUCGAUUCAUUUCGCGUAACGAGAAUCCUUCUGGGGGAUCUGACUCCGUCCUAAAAGGGUGAAGGUGCUUCGUCCCCCUGGCCAACAAAACCUAGUGUGUGAGAAGUAGUGUCUAGUGGAAUUCAUAAGAUUAGUAGAAGCGGGAGUGAAAAACGGCAGAUGGACAUUAUAACAACACGUGUGACAGCCAAUUCGGGUGUGAUGUGAAUUUAGAGAGCAGAAUCAAAACUCUAUAGUGCUCAACAGGACGGUUUGUUAGCGGUGUGCAGCAAAGGAAAUAAGAAAAUACGUGCCAGCAAAAAGUCAUCUUCCAUGUGUAUGUGACUGACGAAGCUAGUAGAGUCGAACAUUUAAAAAUUUAGAAAACAGAAAGUAAACUACAAUCACAAUUUUCAACACAAAGUGAAAUGCAAUAAUAUCUACUACAAUAUAUAAACACACACACACAAAAAGUCUCUUUCGGGCGCCAUUCGUGCGUAUGUAUGGAAGCAGAAUUUUUUUAACUCUAAGCAAAAGCUAAUUUCAACUAUCCCACGUGAAAAUCUACAUUAAAAAAAAAUCAAAUUUUAGCAAAAUACAAGUGCAUAUAUACCAAGAAUCUAUAUUUCGUCGAAUCAAAGAACGAGAAUAUACUACAACCGUCACCGCAUAAAAUCAUUUCCUGUGAAAAUUAUAACUGAAAGUAUCUGUGAGUGAAAAAUUCAAUUUAAAAAUCGUCUUGAUACGUGUAAGUACAGCUAAGCCUAAACAGGAAUCCACAUGGACUAACUAUCAAACUAUAUAGCAGUAAAUCAGUGAGUGUUAUCAACGUUUUGUCAGCUUUUAUCUGUGGUUUUAGUGUAAUCUAUGGAUGCUAAGUAAAUAACAUAGCGACGACCGCAAACAACAUGUGAAUGAAAACAAUAAUACUAGCUGUGAACGAUGUGACUCCGGCUCACAACACUGCAAAAACAAAACUAAAAACUAAAUCAUCAUUGUGUUCCACGAAAAUUUAAACAAGUGAUCGUAGCAUACUCGAAGAGACUUAGCCAAUUUACUGCUGUAAAAUACUAAAGCACGCGUGGAGAAAACAUUAUUUUUUCAGCGCCCCUUGAAAAAAAAAACUAAGACUGUGCGGUGAUGAUAGUGCGCCCUUGAUAAGCAGAAGAUAACGAAGACGGACUAUUGACGUGCCGAAAAACGAGAAGAAGCUGAACUCUGUUCCUAACAACCAACAACCAGAUUGGUUCGAUAACAUUCCAAAAAAACAAAGAUACACGAUUAGCCGAAAGCAAACGGGUGCAGCUCCUACCGGGUACAUAACCGAAGCAAGAACCGCGCAGGAGUUGAACAAUGCAUAUUUGUUGCAAUUACUCAAUCCAAUACGAACAAGUCUGAAUACGCUUUAAGAAGAAAGUAAGCUUACUAGUGAAGGAAGUAAACAAAAUGAUAAGCGUAAGUGUGUGUUUACGUGAUAUUGCGCAGGAAACAGUAUGAGUCGAUUGAUUCUCAAAGUAUUGCUAGCAAAUCCAGGGAAGUACAAUCAACCUAGCCAGAAGAACAUCAUUACAACAAUGGGUGCAAUAGAAGAGCUGGUCAUCGAUCGUGCAUCGUUUGAGCUAAUCUUCAAUAUCAGCGAAUGUUGUAGCAAAACCGACAACAGCCAUAGUGUGAAGAAAGUGAAUAAUAACACUGUGAAUAUGAUAUGUGAUUUUAUUGAUUACCUGAUUAAAUUUAACGUUAAUCUUAGCAUAAGUGUAGAGAAGAACCAUUUUCUACGAAUUCAGCAUUAUACUACAAAUGACCAAAAUCUAGUUGAUAAGAGCCAACUUCACUCAACCGAAACAUUGUUGAUUGCGGUUGAAGAUACACCAGCUACAAUAACGGUUACAUUGAAUGGUAAGAAGAAAUCAUCCGGAUACACAUCAUUCGACGAGCUUUUGAGAUUAACUGAACGCCAAAAACAAUUGGAAGCAGCAGGAAGCAUCCCGUCCCGUUGCCUACGUCUUCGCGGUGGCGGUGAAAGUUCGCUCAACAACGGAACUAGUGCUUGGGGAUCACCUCCAUCCAAUGCCAAUACAGCUUCAUGGGGUGCAGUUGCUCCACAGCAGCAAGGUGGCUGGGGAAACAACCCACCCAAUGCAAACCAAAGGCCAGACAUCACUAAACCCAUGCAGCCUCCACAGGGAGCUGCCGCUGGGCCAUUGGUAGGCUCGAGCAACGGAACAAACAGUUGGAAUCAGGUUGUCAAUCCCAACAACAAACCACCACUUCAACCACCGCCUCAACAGCAAGCACCGCAACCACCAAAUCAACCACCUCCUCCUGGGGCUAAUCCUGGAAAUGGCAGCAACCUACCACCAUCCUCUCAACAGCAACAGCAACCACCAGCACCACUAGCACCAGGUGGAAAUCCUCAACUUGCAGCCCAACCGGGAGCACCCGCUCAAACUUCAUCCGCUAAAUUGGAACAUCUCAACUCAAUGCGCGAAGCCCUGUUUAGCCAAGAUGGCUGGGGAUGCCAACACGUCAACCAGGAUACCCAAUGGGACGUCCCAGCUUCUCCAGAACCGGUCAACAAAGACAUGAAAAUUAACUUCAACAACGGAACGGAAUUGUGGGAAACGAACCUUCGCAACGGUGGCCAGCCAACUCAACAACCGACUCAGAAAACUCCUUGGGGACCGUCGAGCAAUAUCGGAGGUACCUGGGGAGUUGACGACGAUAGUAACGCCGAAACUAAUAGCGUUUGGACCGGAGGUGCUGCUGGAGGUGGAAAUCCUCCCGUAGCUGGACAGCAAGGUUGGAAUCAAAAUAAUAACGCCAUGUGGCCACCAAACGUUACAAAUGCUCCACCACCCAAGAAAGAACCAGAGUGGACCGGCAAUGUCGGAGUAACGGGUGGCAACAAUUGGGAGAAUCGUGGAACAGCAGCGCCACCGCCACCACAUAUCCCUGCUCCACCAUUGGACAUGCCUAAUGUUGACAUGCGCAGUAUGCGUCCUCCAGGUGCCAUCGAACCCAACCGUGAAUUCCGCGGAGAUCCCAGAGGCAUUUCAGGUCGCUUGAACGGUGCUUCCGGCAUGUGGGAUCAGCAUCCAAUGCCUAAUACACCAUUGAACAAAAUGCCUCCACAAGCACCCAUGUUGAACAACGCAGGUGGCAACCCAUGGCCGGUUGGUGCUGGUGGCCCUCAGAACAUACCACCAUCUAAACCACAAACAUCCUGGGAUGAGGCAUCACCACCGGCGAGCCGGCGAAAUAUGUCUAAUUUGGAUGACGGAACAUCCUUGUGGGUACCACCAACUAAUCCCAACCGCCCUAAUGGCCCCGAAGCUAUGGUUCGCAAUGGAAGAAACCCACUCGGAGGCAACUCCGGUCCGAUUGGCCCUGGUGGACUGGGUGGUCCGAGACUUGGUGGUCCUGGAAAUCAAAUGAAGUCUGACAUGUGGGGACAUGGAGGACCAGCCUCGAUGCGGAAUGGGUCGUGGGAUGAGCCUAAUGUUAAUAACUGGGAGGAAAAGGGUCCUGGACCACUAGGAGGAGGAGGAGGAGGAGGCGGAGGCGCAGGUGCAUCCACAUGGAAUGAUGGCCCAGGAAAUCCUUCGACAUGGAACAGUAAGAAACCGAUUGCCGGAGGUGGAAAUGUUUGGCCAGAGGCAUCUGAUCUGAUUGGUAAUGAUUGGGGUGCCGGAGUAGGUGGCGUAGGUAAACCACCAAACAAACACAAUCCACAGGACAUUAUCCGUAGCAGCAAGCAGUUCCGUAUUCUGUACGAGAUGGGCUUCAAGAAGGAGGACAUUGAGCAAGCCCUUCGUACGUCCAACAUGAGCCUGGAGGAGGCAAUGGAAAUGCUGCAGCGCAACAACAGUAACAACAUGCCGGACUGGAGACGUCACGACGACCAUCCGGGAGGAUUCGAACCACCAUUCUCAGGUGGACGUUUCCCCGGUGGAGGCGGUGGACCAUCGCUACAGUUUCCUCAGAAUCAAAAUGGACCAAACAACAACAUGCCUGGUGGUAUGGGCGGUGGAAAUCCAAAUCUCGCCAGUUUGAACUCCUUGAACAAGCAAAGCUAUCUAAACCAAGCACCUCCAUCGGGCCCUGGCCCAUUCAACCAAGGAGGUCCGAAUAGCGGAGUCGGUGGAGGCGCAGGAGGCGUACUGGGUGGUGGUGGCGGAGGUGGCGUUGGUGGCGGCGUCGGCGGUGCUGGUCAAAAUUCGUCUGCCCAACCAUCCACUCAACAGUUGCGUAUGUUGGUUCAGCAAAUUCAAAUGGCUGUUCAAGCCGGGUAUUUGAAUCAUCAAAUCCUCAAUCAACCGCUGGCACCGCAGACACUGUUCUUGUUGAAUCAGUUGCUGAAUAAUAUCAAGCAACUUCAAGUCACGCAGAAUAACCUACAGCGUGGUGGUGGAGCUGGUAACAAUCAGAUGUCGAUGAUUCCUAAAAUAAAGCAACAGAUCACCGGAUUGCAGAAUCAAAUUGCCACCCAACAAGCCAUCUACGUUAAGCAGCAGCAACAACAACAGCAUUCUGGAAAUGCCUCUAACAUCGGCCACCUGGGAGGUAACUUCCACCGUGAACCGAAUGACUUACAAACUCUUCAGAAUAGUUUGUCGGAAAUGGGGUUGGGCAAGGAACACAACGGUCCCUACCAUCAUGGUCCCGGAGGCGGUGGAGGUGGCAGUGGUAGUGGUUCAACUAGUCAACAAUCUCGCUUGAAUCAGUGGAAGUUGCCGGCCAUGGAUAAAGAUGGUGGACACGAUUUGACCGAUUUCUCUCGUGCUCCCGGAACAACGGCAAAAUCUACGCUAUCCACCACCGGAUCCAGUAUCAGUGGCUUGAGUGGACUACAAGGUGAUAACACAUGGUCCACUGGUCGCGGAGGUAUUGGAGAUGGAUGGCCGGAUUCCUCUGCUGACACUGCCAGCAAAGAAUGGCCAUCCAAUCAGGAUUCUUUCACUGACUUGGUUCCUGAGUUUGAGCCAGGAAAACCAUGGAAGGGCACUCAAAUGAAAAUCGAGGAUGAUCCAACCAUCACACCGGGAAGCAUUGCCCGCAGUCCGAUUACAUCGAUCUCAAUUGGUUCGGCAAAGGAUUCGGACUUGUUUGCUAACAGCAGCAAACCAUCCCCUACUGAUUCCAUCAGUUUCUCUUCAUCGACCUGGAGCUUCAAUCCGACCAACAACAAUUUCUCCAGCUCCAUUUCGAAGUUGGGUGGUAACAAGAAUGCAUGGUCUGAUGCCAGUGCUCCCGAUUUAUGGGGUACUGGUUUGAACAGUGGUGGAACAGGAGGUGGCAAAACUCCACGUGGUCCACCGCCUGGUUUGUCUGCUGGAAAGAAUCCGGGUGGUUUCGGAUCCAAUGGUUGGAAUCAACGACCCGGGCAAGGCGGAAGCAACUGGCCAUCUGGUGGUGGUAAUGCCGGUGGUCCUGCCUGGUAUUCAACAUGGGUUUUGUUGAAGAAUUUGACGGCACAGAUUGAUGGGUCAACUCUUCGCACUUUGUGCAUGCAGCAUGGGCCAUUACAAAACUUCCAUCUCUAUUUGAACCACGGCAUUGCACUGUGCAAGUAUCUAUCGCGUGAAGAAGCGAACAAAGCUCAACAGGCACUGAACAACUGUGUGCUGGGCAAUACAACCAUCUGUGCUGAAUCUCCUACGGAUAGCGAAGUGCAAACUAUCCUCCAGCACCUGGGUGUUCCGGGAGGUAACAACAACAUGAAUAACACCAUCAACAACAACAACAACAUGAACAACAAUAUGGGCUCAACUGGAGGUGGUGUCGGUAAUAACAACAAUGCACAACCAUGGCGCACAGGUGGUUCUCAACAGUCGAAUGUUCGUUCAACAGAUACCUGGGGAUCUGGAUGGCCGUCUUCCGGGGCGGGUGUCAACCUGUGGACUCCCCUGGAUGGUCCUACCGAGCGCGGAACGCCAUCUAACCUUAACUCAUUCUUGCCGGAAAACCUUCUCGGUGGUGAGUUGAAUUGAGUGUCAAAAUCCAAGUGAGUAAAACUUGAUUAUCCUUGAUCUGUUGGUUGAUUCGAAACAAGAAUGCAACGCAGCGCAUCGCCAACUCUCUACAAUCAUAAACGCACCCGUACUAUUAAAUACGAUCCAAUAAGUGAAGUUUAGGGAAAUCGCAGCAAAAUGCAAUUCAAUACACACAGGUCUUUACUCAAAAGUAUGUACAAUAUCAGGAAUAGUGUUUGUACAACAGAGUUGCGACAAAAUGAUAUUUUGUAUAGUUUUAUUUUUUGCUAUUAUAAUGACACGACAAAAGUGUUUUAGGGGAAUAGUGUAAUGGUUAGCAAUGAUGUAGCGGUUAAGACUUUAUUACCUGAUCUUAUUUUUGUUAAUUUUAUGUUUUUAUAUGCAUAUUUAAAUUAUUAUCUUACUGAGACGAAUCUGGUUAGUUAUUUGAAAUUGCGAAUAACUGAGCAUGCUUUAAAUACAAAAAAAAAGUACCGAGAACAACUAUUAUCACAAUGAUAGAUUUAUUACGUUUUUUAUCGAGCACCAUGGCAUUUACUCGCAAACAAAACAUGGUGAACAUUAGAUAUGAAAGCACAGGGAAUCAAUAACAGCGAUCUCAAAGUAAAGGGGCCAACCAAAAAAAAAACAUACAAAAACAUACAAAAAAAAACCAAACACUUGGGCCAUCCCCAGAAAUGUUUACCCACGUGACGCAGUGAGAACACGUGGAAUUACGAGCUGUGGUUGUGAUUUUUAGCUGGAUUCAAGGCACAUCAGAUUUAAGUAGCCAGGAAACGCGCGAAAAAAUGCUUCCCACUAUUCAAUAGUGUGUAGAGUUCGUUUGAGCUUCGGCUGACACGAAGCACAAGCACCUUACCAUUCUACUUCCACCUGAUUUUGAGUUCUAGUAAAUCAACAUAUCAACAUGUGGAGGUGAAGCUCCUACGGGGGGCUCUGCCUGCUCCUCCAACAUCUUACCACUCACUACUACUGCACAACCGAUCCGUACUAGAUAUACUGCGACUGUAAACUUUGGACUCUACAGUAAUGCUGAUUUAGGUUUGAAAAUUUGUUAGCAUUGUUCGUUAUUUGUUUCUUUAUCAUUUUUUAUGCACUCUGCAUUCCAGUAUAUUGACUUGGCGACGAAAUAUGUUUAGUUCUAGAAAUGCGUAAUGAAGGAUUACUAAAUCACGAGCGAUGCACUUUUCAAUUGAUGAAAUUGUACAUUUGGCAACAAAUAGCUACUUACUAAUAUUAAUAAUCCUAAAAAGCAAUAUAUGAAUAAACCGCAAACACAAACGUACGAUUAAGUUAGCGCGUAAGGGCAACAAAAAAUGUUAUUUAUUUUUCUAAUCAAAUGGUAACACACAAUACACAAACAAGAAGAAAAUCGAGAAAUCAUUGGCCAAAUAUGUGAUAAAGCGCUUGGUUGAAAACCAAACACUCAAACAAACAGCCUUUAGUGUUAAAUUAUACUAGAACAAGGAAAAUGCAGCAUUGUUUUCGUUUGUUUUUACCUCUCUCUAUACAUAUAGAAGUGACUAAUCGAAGCAUUAAUUUUUACAAUCUUUCUCCGUAUAUUUCAACAUACAACUGAAUAAAUAAAUAAAUUAAAAGAAAAAUAAACAAAAUGCGUCUAGUUGUAAGGAACAGAAGGAAAUAAUAACAAACUAUUGAUGAGAAAGUGAAUCAAAACUAUAUAUUUUUUAUCGAAUAUAAGCAUGAAUGUGUGUUUAUUGGGGCUAAGUACAUUCGAAAAAGGGAAUUAUAUAAGUAUUUAUCAAAGUGUAGCGCAUAAGGUAUCGGAAGAAUUUAGCUGUAGGCGACAAGCCAAAGUGAGAUUAACACACCUUUGUCUUGCAAAAGAAUAAGAACAAAACCCUUGUAACAUAUAUACAACUGAGAAAAAAAAAUCAGAAAAUUCACGAAGAAGGUAAGAACAUUUGUAGUCGCUAAGUAUUGGGAAAACAAAAAUCAGAUAACAUAUAUUUACAUACACAAAUCACAAUAAAUGGAACUAUUUAAAAUAUCCAAACUAUAAGGAAACUUUUUCAGUGUUUUAGCAGUUAGCAGUUAGUGUGAAACCAACGUUGGUCAAAAUGUUGUAAUAUAAUUAGAAAAUGUACCAGCAAACCAGUAAACGAGACGCAGCAUCGCCGAUAUAUGAAACGUGAAUUUUUCUGCCUAGUGCAGUUUCUUUUCGAGGAUACAUAUAUUAACAAACAUUAUAGCAGAGUAAAUUUUAUACAACACUAAUAAAACUGGAGGAAAAGUCAUGACAAUAUUUUUAAAAACACAGAUUACUAAUAUGAAAACGACUUGACUAACUAGCGGUACGUCGAACGAUGCAUAUUUCGCAUGGCCAACCAGAAAAAAAUAAAAGAGCAAGAUACAAUCUCUUCAGAAAAGGAAACUAACUGAACUAGGAAACUCUGCGGAACAACUAAAGGAACACACACACAAAACUUGUUUUGUUUUUACGAAAGGAUUGAACCCGCUGCCGGAACCGAUCCGACGAUUGACUGAAUUAUUUGUAUUUUUCCUUGAUUAUGUUUCUGUAGUUUUGAAACAGAUAGGAUAGUCUUGUUGCGGCAGCACAACAAACCUAAAUCUUGGAUUACGAAAGUGACAGCAGAUCUGCACCUAAGCUACCUGACGAGAUUGAGGAGAAGGGUAAUUUUAUGAAUUUGUUCCCAUAUUGAGUAGAAUUUCAUGCAGCAAAAAGACUGUGAGUCGAUGUACCACGUGGCAGUGAAAAGCCUUCCAAUAGUUGGUAUUCAAAAUUCUAGUCAGUGUUCAUCAAGGGAUAUUUUUCUAAGCAAGGGGAAUCGAUCGCCACACUCUACUUCCUUGUAGUAAGACCAUUUUCCAAUAACACUCUUCGAGACUCUAGCAAUUAAUUAAGUUAGCGCACAGCCCCCUGACAGAUUCGAAGCUUUUCCCUGCUUAUCGUGGUACGUCCGUUCAUAUUCUGUGAUCCAUAAUGUUUAAGUCCGUUCAUUUAUCUACGUAUUUUGAGAAUGAAGAAAUAUCUAUCGAGAGAAUAGAUUGAAUAAACCAAUACAUUUCCUCUAAACUGUUUAGAAAGAUAAGAUUGUAGCGAUAACGUUUGUGAAUCGGAUUGAGUCAAAUAGUAUAUAAAUCUAAGAAAACAGUUCGUAGGAACGAUAAAACUGUGAAAAAUAUUUAACAAAAGGAGCUAAUCUUGGAGCGCUUACUAUCCAAACGACAAAAUGGAUGGCGGCAACUAACAGCCAUCGGAAAAAGGUGCUCUCAUGGAAGGAAGUCUUUGAUACAGUACUGUUAAUUAUCACGAUAAAGCUAAAUUUAAGCUUCUAGCAAUGUAAGCAAUCCUACCGAUAAGUGUUUUAGAAGACGCUAGAUUAAGAACUUACCGUCAUAGUCAUUUGGUAAAAAAACAAACAAAAGUAAAGCUUUCGUGAAGUAAAAAGUCAAAAUUAACUAUCCAAGUACAGAGAACAAGUCUCAGCAACAUAGAUGAGUCAAAGCGAUUUCUUGCGCCAAAAUUUUAUAAAUUAGUUGAUUAGCCAUCGCGCGACUGACAUUCCUUUUGGUAACCAAAAAUUACAACCUAUUUCUAUUGUAUUGUUUUUUUUUUUUAAUGCAUUUCCAACGAAAUGGCACAACUUCAUUCGACAAAUGCGGAACAAUGAAAGUUAGAUGGUGCAGGUAUCUUAGAGAAAUAGGUUUCCUGUAGUAGGCAACAGAGACGUUUACCACCUACCUUAGGGAAAGGUGGUCAGCAGCGGCACGCUUAUAAAGUUUCAGUGCCAACCCGCCGACCGAUUGAGGUGUAUAGCAAUAAGAAUGACUUUCGUUGCUUUCUUUGACCCCCGUCAGUCCUAUUUCUAAAUUAUUAAAUGGCUCAUUAUUAUUAUUAUUAUUAAAAAAGAACUUAAUUAAAGAAAACAGUAGAGGUUAAUGAUAAAAAUUCAAAUCGAAGCCAGAGAUCUAUGUGUCAUCCUAAUUCGGGAGAGAUCACCACAAUUCUAUACCGUGCUUAUCAUCCACGUUAGUUUAAGACAUAAUUCCUUUACCACCCUUGACUGGAAUCUGCAGGAGACCUUCCCGAGGAAGCUUGUGGGAUGUCCCUAGGAUGAGUGUGAGGCUCACGUCGCUCCUAAACCACUGAUAAUCUCUAGGCUCUAGACCUACUUCUUGAUUGUCUUCCUCUUCUUGCCGGUCUGGCUCUUCCACCACCUCCUUGGGGAAUUGGUCGUCGUCUGCGGAGUAUUCUGUUUCUAUCUAGAGGGGAGGCCAAUGUAUCAAAUUCGCUUUGAGAUCCUGCAGAUGAACCCACUGGAACCGAGUCGUCUCCACACACCAGAGAGACAGCGAAUUCGAACCUAAUAUAAGGCGGAAUGCUGAUAUUUUCAGUUGAAUUCCCUGGUGAAGGAGAGUCUCUAGUCCCAGUAGAUUUCUGCGUCUUAUAAUUGGUAAUGUUAAUUUCAUCAAUUAAUAUCGCAGAGUGAACCCAAGAAUCUUUAGACGAGGGUUCGAACUCUUGUGAACGAAGAUUGAACAGACCUCCUUCAUACAACUCUACUAGGGGAGGCACAUUUAUGGAGAAAUUUCCGGUGUUGUUUAUCAUUCCUGAGGCUGGCUCGAUAUCAUGAAUAUGUGAGGUAUACACUAACUUGAUUCUGUUUCCAUCCUCCAAGUGAUGAUCAUUGAGCGUAAUAUGCCACUUUAAAGGGGUGUUUACAUCUUUGCGGAUUUGCUAGCGCUAGUGUACUACACACUUAGAAAAAAAAAACAUGUAAAUUUAGGUGCUCUGAGAGUGACAUAUACGAGCGUCAAUUUUGACAUAAAUUUGAGUCAUAACAGACGCGAAAUAUAGCUCAAUCAAACGUACUUUUGGUCGAGCAACGAACUUUUCGGUCUUGGAGCACUUAAUAUUACAUGACAUGUUUGUUUACGUCUCUUCUUUUAUGUCAAAGACGGAUUCCGUUACGUGUUAAAUUAGUUACUUCUAAGUGUGUAGCCAACUAGCACGAAUUUCAGUUGCUCCUGAAAUCUCAUGCUGGUAGACGCUGAUGCCCUGUUGCGCCCUGUUGUGUGCUUUUUUGCUAGCAGCUAGCUCAUAAGCGCUAGUGAA